AAAGUAAUAAUGUUUCAUUUCUUUUACUAUCAUCCUGAAAAAUAAUUGAAGUUUGGAGUACACACUUCAAUUGCUCACAUGCAUCUUGCAUCAAGUAAGCAGCAUACGACGGUAGCAAUGUCAAUCCCCAUGAACAAGUCAAGAAUUUAUGAACCAGCAACAGAUUUAACAAUUAAAAACAAAAUCUGUAUCGCAGAUCCACCUGCACAUGCAAUCUAUGCAUAAAAUUUCCAUCAUCUCAUUCUUCAAUGCUACAGCUAUACUAAACUAACAACAAAACAAAUCUAGUCAAUCUGUAUCUUAGUUUACAUUUCAAACACAUAUUUUGACCUGCAAUAUCUUAUAUAUUGAUCAUUACUCUUCUUCAGCUCAAAGUUACUAUCAAUCAUAUAAUGGAUUCUCCUAAGAAAUCCCACUCUCAGUUUACCAAAUUCUACUAUAUUUUCCUUCUUCUAUCGACAAAUCUUCUUACCUUGUUCAUAUCGACCACCUUUAAUUCCUCUGGAUGCUCUCUAAAUUUUUCCGGAAACACUCCAACAGCUAUACAGGAUCAUGUCACCCAGGCAAGUUCUAACCUCCCAUCUGAAUUCAUCGCGUUCACAUCUCCACAUGAACUUCCAUUCGGAUUCAACACGAAUUUUGAUUCUGACAAAAUCGUCCCUCCAGUUGGCCGCCCCUGUACCCUCUUUCCUGACAUUCUCCGUAAAUACAUGACAUAUAAGGUCAAUGGAUCAUGCCCUGAUGAUGAGCUAUUAGCACAAAAGCUCCUCCUUAAAGGAUGUGAGCCACUACCUCGUAGAAGAUGCCGUGCAGCUGCUCCACAGGACUACGUGGAGCCAUAUCCUCUUCCAGCUAGCUUCUGGUCCACCCCAUCAGAUUCAUCAGUUGUCUGGACUGCAUAUACCUGCAAGAACUACACAUGUCUAAUUAACCGCAAGCGUAAUCAGAAAGGCUUUGAUGACUGCAAAGACUGUUUUGAUCUUAAAGGAGUAGAGAAGAGUCGUUGGACUAAACCAACCAGUGGUGGUGGAGUUGAUUUCUCUAUAGACGAAGUCCUGGCAGUGAAAAAGCCAGGAACAAUCCGAAUCGGGCUUGACAUUGGAGGCGGAGUGGCCACAUUUGCAAUCAGAAUGCAGGCAAGAAAUGUAACCAUUGUUACAACAUCAAUGAACUUGAACGGUCCUUUCAAUAAUUUUAUAGCUGCAAGAGGGGUUGUGCCUUUGUACCUCAGUAUUUCCCAGAGGCUACCAUUCUUCGACAACACAUUGGAUAUCGUCCACUCCAUGCACGUUAUGAGUAACUGGAUACCAACAACAUUGCUGCACUUCAUGUUCUUUGACAUCUACAGGGUGCUGAGGCCCGGUGGUUUGUUUUGGCUGGACCAUUUCUUCUGCGUCGGUGAGCAGCUGGAGGAGGUUUAUGCGCCACUUAUAGACAGCAUCGGAUUUACAAAGGUGAAGUGGGUGGUAGGAAGGAAGUUAGAUCGUGGACCAGAGCUCAAGGAAAUGUACCUGUCGGCAUUGUUAGAAAAGCCACUAAAGAAUUCUUGGUAAACUUUAGUUCUUGUUGUUUCUGAAGUUUCUGAUUCUUAAGGGAAAGUUCUGUUUUUGCUUUACAAAUUUAUUGCUGUAACUUCUUUAUUUGCAUAUUCUGGUUUGCCGAUUUUUGGGACCCUUGUGAGGGAGGCCUGCCGUGUAUUAUGGAGAAGAACAUGUUUAGUUUUAAUCUUAGUUCAGUCAAAUGUAACAAGUUUUUCCAGCUCUGACGUAGAUAUUUGUUUAACUUGCCCAUAUAUUACAUUCUACGAA